AUGGGCAAGCGUAGUGUAAUCCAUUGAACUAAAAAUAACCACGCCCACUCAUAGAGAUUAUAAAUAACACAUUAAUUAACAUAAAUAACAUUAUAGUGUUAUUUAUAAUCGCUACACUGUUGUCAUGCCCAGUCUUUUCACGUAACGGAAAAACGCGGGUUUUUUUAAAUUUCCAAGACUGGGUAAAAAAAUGCACUAAAACAUCGAGGUAAAAUGCACCUACCAGUACAUUGUUUACAAUAAAAACAUUCUUCAAAACUCUAGAGUAAAAUAUUUUUAAUUUAUUUGUGUAGAAUUCGUAAUUAAAUUUUCUUUUUUGAGAAAAAAACGUUGAGCGAAGUGUGGAGCUCGCCGUGGUCUAAUCAUAAGUAUUUGUGUGAAUUUCCCUACUGUGCUCCUUCCUUUUUAAAUUUAUUGAGGGUGGGAAAGGGUAUUUUCGUGAGCCGUGAAUGGCGAAUAUUUGUUCGUGUGAAAUGCUUGAUUUUAGUGUCGUGAAAUGUGAUGGCGGUGAGAACAAGGGUCCUGGCGGUGAGGACAAGGUUCCUGGCGGUGAGGACAAGGUUCCUGGCGGUGAGGACAAGGUUCCUGGCGAUGAGGACAAGGUUCCUGGCGGUGAGGACAAGGUUCCUGGCCGUGAGGACAAGGUUCCUGGCUGUGAGGACAAGGUUCCUGGCGUUGAGGACAAGGUUCCUGGCGGUGAGGACAAGGUUCCUGGCCGUGAGGACCAGGUUCCUGGCGUUGAGGACAAGGUUCCUGCCGGUGAGCACAAGGUUCCUGGCGGUGAGUACACGGUUCCUGGCGGUGAGGACAAGGUUCCUGGCGGUGAGGACAAGGUUCCUGGCGGUGAGGACAAGGUUCCUGGCGGUGAGGAAAAGGUUUCUGCCGGUGAGGACAAGGUUCCUGGCG